UGACGUCACAAGGCGCCUCCAGCUGACAGCUCACACACGGACACACACGGAACACGAGUUUCCUGUUGUUGUGUAGUGAGCUGGACCCGCGGAACCGAACGAUGCCGAAGUACUGUUCGGUCCCGAGCUGCAAGACCGAGUCCUGCAUCGGGACCCGGAGCUUCUACAGGUUCCCUCUGCAGGAGCCGGAGCGGCUGCAGCAGUGGCUGAGGAACAUGGGGCGUGAGAACUGGGCUCCCUCUCGACACCAGUACAUCUGCCACCAGCACUUUGCGGCGUCGUGCUUCCGGGUGCGUUGGGGGAUCCGCUACCUGGAGAGCGACGCCGUGCCCACGCUGUUCCACCAGGUCGAGAAAAGAAAAGCUGAGGAUCAGAGUGAGGAGAGGACAAAACGUGUUCGCCUGCACGGGGAUGAGGACGUCCCGGGGACAGACGGGAGGACGGCGGCUGUGGACGCUGUGGAGGUGGAGAACUCGCUGCGCACGGUUCACCUGUAUGAGAUCACGGUCGACCCGGCGCAGUGCGGUGGCACCGGCCUGGUGGAGUCCAGCCACGGGGUCAAGUCUCUCCACGCAGACCUGAGCUCGCUGACCUCAGGGGACGGAUUCCAAACAGGGACCAGUUUCCCUCUAACUUUGACAGUUGAGGACAGUAGAGGGGACACGGAGGUGGUGGUGAUGUCCGACGGCCUCGGGGCUGAAGGGCAGGAUGAGCUGGUGAAGGGAAUCGCAGCCGCCAUUUUAACUCAGGGCCACGACUCCACCCUGGAGGCUGCGGCGUCCCUCAGGGCAGGAGACGUGACAGAGGACACCAUCAGCCUCCACGGAGGACAAGAAGUCAUCGCCGUCUUCGAGACGAUACCGAGCGUCCUCCCCCCCGCCCGGCUCGUCUUCUCCCCGAACACGGUGCUGUCGUCCGCUCUGAGCUCCAAGCCCAUCUCGUCCACUGUGCCCAUCGUGUCCAAACACGCACCAGCCCCCCCCACGUCCCUCGUCCUCACGCUGGAAAGACUGGACACGGACGAGGGGGACGAUGGGAAGUCAGACGAGGACGACACAGAGCAGCAGGACCACCAGCUGGAGGAGCACUGCUACCACAGGAGCAGUCUGAGCAAAGAGCAGCUGGAGGCCAUCGUCUCCGAGCUGCAGAAGAAGGUGAAGGUUCUGCAGCAGCGUCACCGCCGUCACCUGGAGAAGCUCCUGGGUCUGGAGAACACCGUGACCCAGCUGAGACAGAGCAACCUGCUGAACGAGGAGCGGCUGCAGCUGCUGGAGCGGGCGUACGAACAGACCAGCGCCGCGGUGAUGGACGCCGGAGAGACUGUGGCCAUCGUCUUCGAGGAGGACACGGCCGCGCUCUUGUACACGCCACUGGAGGACGCCGAGGACGAGCUGUGACUGUCCACAUCCUGUGUGUGUGUGUGUCUGUGUGUGUCUGUGUGUGUCUGUGUGUUCUGUUAAAAAACCCAUGACACGGUUGAUGCUGCUGAAAACGAAGCACUACCUAGAGUACCUGUUGUUUUGUAGUCUCCUGAUGAUGUGUGUGUCUGUGUGUGUCUGUGUGUGUGUGGUGGUGGGUCUGCUGGGAGCUUUUGCAUAAACACGGAUGAGGAAUAAGGGACGAUGUUGAAUGUUGUGUUUUAUAAAGCCCCCCCCCCCCCCCCCCCCCCUUGUCUGACCCAUUAAAGUCAUGUGUCUGUGAUUCUGCACGUUCACGUCUCAGCUUCUUUCUGCAGCUGCUGAGAGAGAGAGAGAGAGAGAGGGGGGGGGGGGGG